AUGACUGCCAUUAAGUUUACCUCUACUUAUACGAUUCCAACGUUAGAUGAAGUGAUCAAUGAUGUGCACCUCCAUGACUGCGGUCCUUUUAACCGCGGGUCGUUCAUUCUGUUCCUAAAGUCGUCUCAUUGUAUGGAGAACCUAGAGUUCUUCGUCGAAGUUGACCGUUUGCUUCAGAGUAUCUCUACUCAGGAAGAUACAGCAUUCUUCUCGGAUGAAACUACAAGAGACAAUCUGGAGGUGCUACAGCACUGGCUGCUCAUCCAUCGUGCGUUCUUGGCGAAGGAUUCCACCAAGGAGGUCAAUUUGUCAUACAAGGUCGCGCUGAUGUUUCUGCCUCAUAUCCUACCUUCACAUUCCGAUUUACUUCUCAUUCGAAAGCUAGGAUACGAGCUCUUGUUGGAUACCUACAAUGACUUCAUUUCUCACACCAGGGAGCUCACAAAUGACAAAAUCACUCGCCGGCGGUGUCUGGAUAUCCUCGCACCAGAGUUGACCUCCUCUGAGCUCAAUCUGCUCAUUCCGCGCCUGAGUGUCGCCUGUAUCAAUGAGUGCUCAAUCGACCUCAGUGAUGAAUGGGAAAAGGCGUUGAAGGUGUACGAAGAGUCGAGAGAUAGCGGCAGCUUGUGUAGCAAAUGCGCCAAUACCCCCAAUCGUGCUCGCAUCAAUGACUCUUCCUCUCUGCUAACGCCCAAUUGUUCGACCCGUUGUUCCUCAAUUGGCUCUCUUGUUGAGAACAUCAAAGACUACUCCGGCUGGAACAAAACCAUCAAGCGGUUUAAAAUGCGCCGUUCGUCCCAAGAAAAGGUAGAGCCUGUGUCUCUGGGCUUAACAUAA